AUGUUUCAAAAAUCAAAUAUUAUCUAUUCAUGGGGAGAUCUCAAUGAUGAACUAAAGAAAUUUCUACCAUAUCGGCUUUUUACAUCGAAUCAGUUAGAAAAACCAACUAAAAUUAAUGUACAAGAUGAAUUUCGUGAAUGGCAUAACGGUCUUGUUGGUUUUUAUGCAUAUGGAGGCGAAAACCUAUGGGCUUCACAAUGUGCUGUUGCUUCAACAUAUCAACAGUUCUUAAACAAAGAUCAAACAUUAAGUGUCUGGAGUUGUAGUCUUGAUCUAUCGAAAAAUAAUAACAAUUCUAAUAGUAAAAUCUUAUCUAUGGUUCAAUAUGCUGUUAAUGAUUGUUUGGCGAUAACAAAAUUAGCUUAUACCAUGAGUGAAGACAUUUCAGGUAUAUAUAUUUAA